UUUUACCAAAAUCAGUCACAAUCAAGAGUAUUUCUAACACAGUUCCUGUGGAAAAUCAGAUCAAAAGUUAUGAAUGCCUUAUUAAAGACACCAACCCUGAAUUUUCAGUCUUUUGGUUGAUUACCAGGAAUGAUGGAACACAAAAAAAUGCUACAAAGUAUAUUUCAAACAAGUCAAGCAAAUCAGGAAAGCUGACUACUUUAUCAUCAGAACUGACAUUAACUCUUAAUAAGAAUUUUAAGAAAUUACAGUGUGUUGCAUAUUUUCCGGGUAAAAAUGAAUUUGGUAACCAUUCAAAGGAACUCGAUUUGCAUAUAAAAUAUUCUCCAGAAAAUAUGAUACUAGAUGUUUCUGGAGGAAAAGUAUGUGUUGAUACUCCAACCAAAUUCCGCUGCAGUUGGAAAGGUGGUAAUCCACCAGCAAGUGUAACCCUGGAGUAUGAAAAAUACUCAAAUACUAGUAAAGAAGAAGUUGAAAUUAAUGUAAUACCUUCCAAAUCUCAUCAAACAGUCAAGUGUCGGGCAUUCAUAUUGCUGCAAAUGUGUCUCGUGAAAAGAAUUUAACUAUUCAUUAUCCACCUAAAACAAUAGAAAUCAAGACUGAUGAACCCUUUCUUGAAGGUCGCAAAGGUAUUUUGCAUUGUAAGGCAAUAAAUGGAUAUCCAGAAAAGUACAGCUACAGGUGGGAUCCA